AAAAACCCCAAGUAAUAUAUCACUCUCCUGCCUACUGAUCAAACCACCCAUAAUUGAUCAACAUGGCCAGCAACACACAGACACCUCUUAAGCUGCAGCAGCAACUGAUUAAGAGUGACCGUCGGAUGUUUUCAGCAUCCGACGACAAUGCAAUGAUGAAGCAAAUUCAGGCAACGCAUUCUCCUGAUGGUCGUGAAGUUGAUGUCAAGCCCAUUCUCCAUAUCAUUGAGGACAUCUUGGGUCGUGCCGUUCCUAGCAUUGAUGGUGUUCAUCAAGACGACAAUACUAAUCCGGCUGAUUUUAUUGGCAGUCUUGAAGCAUUGGCUCACCUUAUAUAUAAAAUUUCCUGCGAGUUAUCAUGCAAGUGCUCAGCUGGUGGUGAUGCACAUGCAACAACUAUGGUGUUAUUCAACACCCUUUCGAGCUAUUCAUGGGAUGCAAAAGCUGUCAUAGCCCUAGCAGCUUUUGCUGUGAAUUCUGGUGAAUUCUGGCUCGUUGUUCACCUUUUGACAACAAACCCACUUGCCAAAUCCGUGGCUUUCCUUAAGCAGCUGCCCGACAUCUCACAGCAUUCAAACUAUCUAAACCCCCAGCUUGGCGCACUCAACACACUCGUCAAGGCCAUCAUAGACGUAACAAAGUGCAUUAUUGAGUUCAAUGAGCUUCCAUCUCAGUACAUUUCACCUGACACACCACCAAUGUCAACUGCCACAGCUCAUAUCCCCAUUGCUACCUACUGGACAGUUCGAAGCAUAGUUGCUUGUGCCUCGCAGAUUGCAGGCCUUAUAGGUUUGAGACAAGAGUACACUGCAUCUGCCACAGAGGCGUGGGAACUAUCAAGCUUGGCUCAUAAGGUCAACAACAUACACGAGCAUCUCAUGAAGCAACUUGCUCUCUGCAAUCAACAUAUAGAUGAGAAGAUACAUCUAGAAUACUUCCAUAAUCUCGUCCACCUUUUCGAAUCACCACAAUUUGACAAUAUGAAGAAUCUCAGGGCAUUGAUACACCCCAUGGAAGAUCUGCACAGUGGUGCUACCAAGGCACAGGUAAAGAUUGAAGUACUAAAGAGAAAACAUGUGUUACUGUUCAUAUCGGAUCUUGACAUCUCCCAUGAAGAAAUUCUUAUUCUUAGUCAAUUCUACGAAAGCUCACAAACUCCAACGACAGAGAUCCAAUAUGAAGUGGUGUGGCUCCCAAUUUUGGAUAUAUUGACCCCUUGGCAAGAGAAAUUCAAGAAAUUGCAAUCAAUGAUGCCAUGGUACACUGUGCUUAAUCCAUCGAUCAUGGAACCGGCAGUCAUCAAGUAUAUCAAGGAAGUGUGGCAUUUUGCAAAGAAGUCAAUUCUAGUUUCAUUAGAUCCACAAGGAAAGGUGGUCUCCAAAAAUGCACUCUACAUGCUGUGGAUUUGGGGGAAUUCGGCUUUCCCUUUCAAUAGUGAGAAAGAGGAAUCCUUAUGGAAGUCAGAAACUUGGACACCUGAGCUGCUCGUUGACGGCAUUGAUCCAGCAUUACUAAAAUCGAUGGCAGAAGGGAUGAUCGUAUGCUUAUAUGGAGGAGAGGACAUUGAGUGGAUCCGGAAAUUCACAACCAAAGCACAAGUUGUUGCCAAUAGUGCUAAGAUCAAGUUAGAAAUAUUUUACCUGGGGAAGAGCAAGUCAAAGGAGAAGGUGCGGAAAAACAAUGAAAUUAUCAAAAAAGAUCAUCUUAGUCGCUUCUUGGAGGACCCCACAUUCACAUGGUUCUUUUGGACACGACUGGAGAGCAUGUUGUAUUCAAAAUUGCAGCAUGGGAAGACCGUCGAAAACGAUCAAAUCAUGCCGGAGGUGAUGACUAUGCUUAGCUUCGACGGCAGUGAACAAGGAUGGGCACUGGUGUACGGAGCGCCGGGUGAAAUGGCCAGAGCCAAAGGAGACAUCGCUCUAAAAGGUCUGGAACAGUUCGAGGAGUGGAAACAGGAAGCUGCGCAAAUUGGGUUUGUGCCAGCACUCAAAAAUCGCCUGCAACUUCUUCACCUCCCGCAGCAUUGCAACCGCCUCAUCCUUCCCGGAGUCAAUGGCGGAAUCCCGGAGACUGUGGUGUGUGCAGAGUGUGCCCGUCCGAUGGAGAAGUUCUUCAUGUACCGCUGCUGCACCGACGAAUAAGUCACAAGAUCGAUUGAGCAAUGUUAUAUAUAUAUAUAUAUAUGCUUGUCUGGUUGGAAGAACUAGCUAGUAAUCCUAGGAUUGGUAUUAUAGUACGUACUAAUGAUGUUUGUGUGAAAUGUCUGGGAGUUGAGGCUGUGACUGAUAAAUAAAA